UUUGACAAUGUGCCCUUAACUCUUUAAAUUAUGAAAUUUGCUCAUAAUCCACUUUUAGUUUGCAAAAUAUGCAUUUAACCCCAAGUUUUAUUAAUAUUGAAGACGGUUACUCUCUUUCCUCUGUAAACCACCUUCAUGUUCCGCCGAGACACUGUAAUACUCUCAUCAUCAAACCUCGCCAAAACCCGCCUCCACCUCGCACGGUAGCUCUCGGCGCAGUUCGCCCUUUCCUCUGCACCGCCGCGAUUUCAUCAGAAAAACUCAGCUUUGGGAGCUCGAGAAUGAAGCUGAAGGUGGUCUGUAGGAAACUGUACGAUUACAUUCGCUACGAUCUCAAAGAAAUCGCGUUUCCGUCGUCCUUGCCGGAUCCUCCUCAUCGUGUCAAAAAGCAGCGGAAAUUGACUUGGCAGGAGUGGAUUUUAGUAUUGAAGAAGGCUUCUAGACUAUAUGUUGCAAGCUGGGUACGGGAUAUUGGUCCUGAUCUUCGACCAAAUGAUUAUAAGAAGGAUGAAACAAGUGAAGAUAAAUCAAAUGAAGCUAAGAGUACGCCUAAAGAGAAAGAACCUUCAACAUUAGAAGAUCUUGCGGUUGCUGCUAGGGGAGGCAUGGAGACAUUAAGGCCUGCUUUACAGCGGGUGUACAUGACAAGAGCUUCUGCAUAUAGAGAUGCUCUCAAGAGUUUUAUAGAAGGAUAUCAAGAAGGUAUCCAGCAAGUCAUGGAGAAGAAGGAAGACUCCAAGGCUCAACAAGAAGGUGAUACCCAGAAAAAGUCACCCUCGCCCUGACUUAGGACUUAGGAGCUCAUACUAGUCAAUUUAUGUGAGUAUUUCUUUGCGUAUGUAUGGUUCUUUGAAGUAAAAGAGCUUUGGUAGAGCUGGGUUGGCAUGAGAUCUCAAGUUAAGCAUGAUCUAUUCCUUUUGGGACUUUCAUUGUACUGGAAGCAAAAUGUGAAACAGUAAAAGGUGAAAGGAAUGAAUAGAAUGGGAUUAUCUAUUGUAUAUUUAAUGAAAUAUCUUUGGAUUAAUUUUCCAUUCCUGUUGAUGAAGAUUUUCCUCAUUACUUAGGCUUUGAAAUGCAUCAGGAUCUAGAAUUGCUUGAUGCUUUAUGCUUUAUGCGUUUACCUUUUCUUAUAUUUGAAUAAACAUUUGCAUUCCUUUGCUUCUGGAAAUGUAAUGGAUGUCCAAAGUGCACUACGCUUAUU